ACAAUUCGCAUUCAUUACAACCAUCUUCAAGCAAACCAAAACAUAUGGUGAAGAAAGCAUGGAGGAUAAUACCAAAACCAUUACUCGAAACCAUCUUAAACAAUCAUGCUCAACAUCACCGCGUUCCUCAACCUCUCAUCCUCCACGGCCCUCGUGGCGUCGGCAAAACCACAAUAUUUCUUGAACGGCUGCUUAAAGAUUGGAACAAAGGACCUCAUCUCACAGGCUACAUAGACUUCGCUGAAUCAAUCAAAGAUCACCAUCCCCAGUACAACCAGUCUUUCCCUUGGUCCUCUUGGUCAAACUGUGAUCCACCCUCUUUAUCAAACUGUAAAACCCAGCUCGAGACAUGCCUCGAAUCAAUGGCGCAUAAGGGUAUCAAAUUGGGCACCAUUAGUUCUCACCAAAUAUUCUCCACUCUCAACAAGUGGCACGGACUCAAUACUGCCCUUCGGAGGAUACUUCAUAGUAAAAGCAAAAGUGUGAAAAAUGUGGUUUCUGAUAAGGUUUCAGGGUCUGUAUUAUGGGAGCGAGCGGUUUUCGCACUAUCUGCUCGAUUAAAUGCCGAAGAGAUUGAUGGACUUUUGGAGUUGAGAGAGAAGAGUAAGAGUUUGUCGGUUGAAGAGGAGGCAUAUUUUAGAGAGGCGCUUGUGGCGUUGAAAUUGGCUAAGGAGGUGAUAAAGAUGCAGCAAGAGUGGAGAGCUAAUGCUAUUGCUCAUUUGAAUAGAAGUGGUGGCUUUUCGAGGUCUUUGGCCAAUUCUUGUACUGAUUGGCCUUAUUUGUUGAUCGAGUUAUUAUCACAAGCUGCGGAGACUGAUCAUUUUCAGCCAAAGCUGGUUAUAAACAAUAUUGACGUGCUUCGGAAUGCAAUUUUAACGGAUGAUUCAACAGUCUGUGCAUCAAUGUAUCAUGACAGUCUGAUAUGGAGAAUAAUUGCCUUGGGUGUGAAUGAGCGUUGCUUCCCUGUCAUACUUGUUACUUCAGAUAGCUACUAUUCGUACAAGGCCUACUUGGAUUUUGGAUUUGUGGACAUAUUCAUUUCUCGUGAGACAUUUGGGUGGACUUCACAGGAAGCUAAAAUGCACAUGGUUACAGAUUACUUCAGCCAGUCAGAGUGGACCAUGAUUAUUGAGGUUCUUGGGCCAAACCCUCGCCAUCUAUUCGAGCUUUAUGCACUCAAGCAAAGCAAUUAUUACCAGAAGGUGAUGGAAGACAAAUCUAGUACAUUUGAGGACAUUGUAGAUGCCUAUUUAGCCUACUUGCAAGUUACUGUGGUGAAUCCUGCCAUGCAUAAAGCUUUGCUGUUCCUCCAAAAGUUUGCUGAUGAUGCAAAAAGUGGAAGAAUUCCAAAAGACAGAUUACGCUUUGGAGCUCCUUGGAGGCAUCCUCCUCAAACAGAUGACACUACUGUGUUGAAGGAGUGGGCUAAGAUUCAACUAAUGGAUUUUGUUCAGUCUCUUGUUCGUGUAGAAUUUGGGAUUAACUAUCUAGCUGACUGUAGCCUUGAGAUCUUGGAUGACCCUGCUGCUGUUGCAAUGUUGGAGGUUGGUUUGCUCUAUGCUCAGAGGGAUCCAUCCUUCAUGCGUCCCAUUUCUAGAGGUAUUCAGAGGUGUCUUGUGAGAUGGCUUGUCCAGGAGCAAAUGCAAUUGAGUUUCUGGAACCUGCUACAGUUUCUCUGGCAGCGCACUAUACGUGGCCGCAGUUAUCGCCAUUUGAUGCUACAGGAUAGAACAUAAGAGCUUACUUUGGCAUAGCCAUGCACAUUCAGUGAGGCAGUUCUCUCUUCAAAGUUACUUGAUUUAGUAAGUUUAUGGAUGUUGUUAUUUGAUGUUUCUAGUGUGGCACAUUAGAUGAUUUCUUUUUUGGUCACUUCAGUAUCAAAUCUUAAGCUUAAUUUACUGCAUUUGAAAUGUUCUUCAAUUUUGCACCAUCACUUGUUCUUGUCGGUUCUAUUGGUUUGAUCACUAAUACUUUUGGCAAUUCUUACAGAAUGCAGACAUUGGUGAAACCUACAAUGGCCGAUUCUUCUAGGAAUGUUGAAGGACUGUAAGGUUGUCCUGACUCCUGGAGCAAACUUAUUUUUGAGUGAUAUAAAGAUCCUACUAACCAAGAUAAUUUUACCAUUCACAGAAGAGUUUUUGGUGUAUAAUAAGGUGAGAGUUAGUGAUUGCCAUUUCCAUGAAAUGAUCAAGGAUCUUAUUUAACGUUAAUUUUUCCCAAGUUAGCCACUUCUUUAACACUAAUCAUUUCAAUCCACUCUAUCAAAGAAGAUAUAGAUGGUAUAGACUAUAGAAGCAUGUACUUCUCACGGAAAUGUAUCAUGUCAUUCUUGUAUCUCCACGAAGUAAAAUAUUCAGAUGUGGUCUUGGCUUAGGGCCCUCAUAUGUAUAUUACUAAAAUAAUAUUAAAAUAAAAA